UCGCGAAUAUGGGGAUCUAAGCGACUUUAGUGUCUUGGGGUCCCCGCCGUCAUGUCCCCAUGGGUAUAAAACACGAUCUAUGUCACUAGUCGACCUUUGCCAUUUUCGAUGCCUGAUGGUGUGAGCGAUAAAUUUUCUGGUGGGACCGCUAAAGUGAUAUCUGACCUGGUUUUUUGAAGAUCUCAGUCGGAAAUUAUCGGCGUUGUUCUUAUCGUUGUCGCAAAGGUCAUGCUGUCAAAGAUGUGUAUGUUCAUCAACCACACGUCUAAUCGGCCAUCGCAAGGAACUAUAUACACACACGCAUACUGCAGGCGAAAAACAGCGUGAAGAUCGAUGAGUUAGCGACUGACAGUUCGACAGGUGGCUCCGGUCACACUGGAAAGAAUGUCGGAAGGAUGACGACGGUCCUAAUACUCUGCCGCAGAGCCGCAGUCCGGCCAGCCACUAGAAGCUUCUUCACACAUAAGCUCCACUUAAGCCUUGCUAAGACGCCGGUUCAGCGCCAUAUUCACGCCCGCGCCAUUCCUUUUCAAGUAAUAUUUAUCAAAACCUGCAACGUCCGGCCUGCAUGACCACACCACACAAUUUGCUGCAGCACAACAUGGGGAUUGGAGACUCCACAGUACCGUCAUCUGGGAAAAGGAGGAGGACCAUGGGGUUUCCUCUCCUCUCUCUCCAGUUGGGGGCCUUGCCAGCUGGGGCUGGUUUAAAAGCGGAGUUGGCCCCGUAGAAUUCGAUGGGUGUGAUUUUCCUCUUUUCUCAUCACAACAUUCCUCUUCCUAUCGUUUCUCGAUAUAAUUGUUGAGCAACAUGGACGAGAAAGCGCUUCAUACCGAGGGAGACCACAAGCCAGAGAUUGAAGUGGCUCCCACCCCUGCCUACGAAGCUCCCAAAGCAAAGACCGAGCAACUCGAAAAUGCUCGCGGAUGGGAGGGAGACAAUCUCAUUCGUGAUCUCGAGAGGGAGCUCCAGGAAAGCGGAGGCUACAAGAAAGGCAUCUUCGACAUAGAGUUCAAGAACCCAAAGCACUUCACAUGGAUUCUGGUCAUCUUUGCGUCCAUGGGCGGUUUGCUGUCUGGUCUAGACCAGUCGCUUAUCUCUGGGGCCAACCUCACUCUGCCAGACGACCUCCACCUCACUUCCCAACAAAACUCAUUGGUAAACUCUGGAAUGCCCCUAGGUGCCAUUGCUGGUGCUCUUCUUAUCUCGCCCUGUAACGAAUACUUCGGUCGUCGCUGGGCCAUUAUCAUCUCUUGCAUUCUCUACACUAUCGGUGGUGCUCUCGAAGCAGGCAGUAUCAACUAUGGCAUGAUCGUCGCCUCCCGUGUUAUCCUGGGCGCUGGUGUUGGUCUCGAAGGAGGAACUGUACCCGUUUAUGUCGCUGAGACUGUCGAAAGUCGUCUCCGUGGUAACCUCGUCUCUCUGUACCAGUUCAACAUCGCCCUUGGCGAGGUUCUUGGAUAUGCCGUUGCUGCCAUAUUCAUCAAGGUUCCCGGUAACUGGCGCUACAUCCUCGGCAGCUCUCUCGUCUUCAGCACCAUCAUGGGAAUCGGUAUUCUGUUCAUGCCCGAGUCGCCCCGCUAUCUGAUGCACAAGGGCAGGGUUCUGGAUGCUUUCACAGUCUGGCGCCGCAUCCGCGGCAUUGAUACGCCUGAAGCGCGUGAGGAGUUCUUCGUUAUGAAGGUUAGCACUGAGGCCGAGCAGGCUGAGGUUGCAGCUGGACGUACUGGCAACUACCCAUGGAUGGACUUCUUCACCAAGCCCCGUGCGCGCCGAGCUAUCGUCUACGCCAACAUCAUGAUUUUCUUGGGUCAAUUCACCGGUAUCAACGCUAUUAUGUAUUUCAUGUCUGUACUCAUGCACCAAGUCGGAUUUAAUACUUACGAGGCCAACUACAUGUCGCUCGUAGGCGGCGGCUCUUUACUUCUGGGCACAAUACCCGCUAUUUUCCUCAUGGAAACCUGCGGUCGCCGUUUUUGGGCUAUUGCUAUGUUACCUGGGUUUUUCGUUGGUCUAGUCCUCGUUGGAGUCAGCUACCAAUUGUCUACUCUCUCCGCGCAACUCGGUGUCUACCUUACCGGGCUGGUCAUCUACGAGCUCUUUUUCGGUUCCUACGCCGCGUUGACGUGGGUUAUCCCCUCGGAAGUGUACCCCACUUAUCUUCGUUCAUACGGAAUGACUACUUCCACUGGAUGGCUCUUCCUUUCUUCCUUUAUCGUCACGUACAACUUCACCGGUAUGCAGAAUGCGUUUACGAAAACCGGAUUGCCGUUGGGUUUCUACGGAGGUAUUGCCGUUCUUGGAUGGUUCUACCAGAUCUUCUUCAUGCCCGAGACCAAGGAUCUUACUCUCGAGGAGAUUGAUCAGCUGUUCCAGAUGCCUACUGGCCAGCUCGUGAGGAAGAACGCGAAGAGUGCUAUGGAGGUGACGAAAGAUUUGAUGCAUUUCCGUUUCCGCAAGGUAUUCAUUGAGAACAACCAGCGUAAGACGGAGUAAGGAGGUUGUGUUUCGGAGAUACCCUUUUGAUAUUUACGCAUGUAAAUGUGUUGAUGAGGAAUGUUCUGCAUGGACAAUUUUGUCCGCAGAUACACUCCAAAGUAUGAUAUAAUUAUAUAUAUGAAUGAAUAUGUCUUUCCUACAAUGAUCUCCCUUUAGUUUUCUUAUUUUUUUGUGUGCUUGAUUGAGGCGAAUAUAUCGUUGUCUCGCUUGAAGACGAAAUCGAUAUGCUCAUAGGUCUGGUUUAAACAAUUAUCAAGAAGAAGAGUGAACACGGCAGAUGACAAAAAAGAUUGUUUACAUAGAUAAAUCGAGAAAUUGACUGACAUAGACCAAUGUUUGCGCAGGCAAUUGACGAGCACUAACAUGAUCAACGGCUACACAGACUCAGCUUUGAAAUAGUUGUGGUUGGAGGUCGAAGAUGAAUAUAUUUUACUCGCUCCCUUAUUCUCUAAUAAUAGCUUAGAAUGACUACAUAACUGCAGUCAUUGAAUACCAGAUCUUAUGGUACAUGGAGCAACCAAAAAGGCAAACUGGCUUGAGCACCAAGUAAUAAGGUGAAAAUGGCACAAAAUCACUCAUUUUUCAUGUUACAACUCCAUUCAACCUCAGAAAGUACACCGCAGACACAGGUAGCUCUUUUUAGAUGUAUCCCACAUGUUGCUUUCCUUGCUAUGUUUCUCUCCACCCUCACUCUCCCUUUAGUUUUGUUUAUCGCCUUACUUUUUGUGUCCAUAUUAUAACUUUUUUUCAACACAAAAGCUACUGUUCCUUUCACCAACUACUACUUCUUCACACUACCAAAAGAUCGCCAAGUCAAUCACAAGCCGAGACCUGGCACCCAAAUCAUCUGAAUCUUGUUUGCCGAACUCAAAAAACAAACAUCGCAAGUAAAGCGACUGACCGGUAUCUCGCCAUCAACGCGGGGUGCCAUGCGCGUCAGCAGGGUUCUAAUUGGCCAGCUAGCUUCACUGCCUCCAACCCCACACUUCACAUCGUCCACACCUCCAAGCAACAAACACGACAU